AUGUUUAAGAUUCUCAUCAUUACGUAUUUAUUUCUCAUUUUCAAACUCUUCUCAUGUACAAUUAACGAAUCAAAACCAAUAUUAACCCUCGACGAAUUUUUCGAUUAUACAAAAUUUCCAUCAUUGAUUUUUUCGCCAAAUGGUCAACAUUUACUUAUUCAUAAGAAUCGUCCAUCAUGGAAUUCAAAUUCGUAUGAGAAUAGUCUUUGGCUAUAUGAGAUCAAAGAACAACAGAAGAAAUUAAUUACAAGUCAGUUUGACGCUAGUUUUCGACCGCGAUGGUCGUCAAAUGGAAAACGAAUUUUAUUUUCAAAAGAAAAAAUAUCCGUAACUGAAAAAUUUAAAAGUCAUCUUUAUUAUCGAUCUUUAUCAGAAAAUAACUUAAUCAGGGAACAAAUCUUUUAUGUUUAUUGUAUUGAAUCCGAUAAAUUAUUUCCUAUUUCACUAGGAUACUUAAUUCCUACUGCUUUAGCAUGGUCGAAUAAUGAUUCAUCUUUUUAUAUUGCUGCAAUUUCAUUAAAUCUAAAUCAAGAAGAUGAAUGGCAAGAUGUGAUUCGUUAUCGAGAUAAUAAAAUCAUUGAUGGUAGUAUAAUCUAUCGUAUUGAUUUCAAUAUUGAAAAUCAAAUAUCGUCUAUUCAAAUGAAUAUUGUACGACAUGUUCCAUUUCAAAUUAGUGAUAUUUUAUAUGUUCCAUAUGAUGAACAACUUUUUCUUGUUUCUAUACCAUUUAUUUUCGAAAAUCCGAAUGAUUUUGAAAUUUUUUCUAUCAAUCUACAGGAUGAGCAAUCACCAGAAAAAUUGACCAAUAAUUAUGGAUACGAAGCAAAUCUAAAAUUAUCAAACGAUGGUAAAAGUGUAUUCUUUAUGUUGCUUCCUGUCAGUUCGAUUGAUGGAACAGUUUUUACUACACAACAACGUUUAUAUUCUAUUGAUGUAGCAAGUAGACAAAUUGUACAUUUAGCAAAAGAUUUCGAAGGUAAUAUUGAAGACUAUACAGUAAGACCUCAUGGAGGAGUUUAUAUACUUGGACAACAGGGUACCAAUACUUUCAUUUAUACACAAUCAUCUCCGAUGAAUUACUCAAUAUUACAUCAAGGAUGGAACGGAACCUAUGAAUCUUUAUCAUCAUCAACUGAAAGUUCCUCGUUAGCUUUUGUUUAUUCAGCAUUCGGAAAACCAAAAGAAGUCUAUCUAGUUGAUAAUAUUAAUGAUCUCCAAUCGGCUAAAGCGAUUACAAAUGAUAAUGAACUUUUUACACAACGAGAUUUACCUCAAGCGAAAAUUUAUCGAUGGACUAGUAGUGAAGAUGAACGUAACAUCGAAGGAGUUUUGUAUUAUCCACCAGGAAAAUUUGAAUCGAAAAAUUUACCACUUUUUGUUCUGAUUCAUGGUGGUCCAGCGUCGGCAAGUUUAAAUCAUUUUGAUGUGAAAAGUUAUUCUUGGGCACCGAUGGCCGCUUCAGCUGGUUGGCUAGUUUUAGAGCCCAAUUAUCGAGGAUCAAUUGGGUAUGGUCAAAACUUUCUCGAUGAAAUUCGUUAUCAGCCAUUAUCACGACCCUCACGAGAUAUUCUUUCUGGUGUCGAUUGUUUAAUUAAGGAUGGUAUUGCUAAUCCAAAUCGUCUUACUGUUGGUGGUUAUAGUUAUGGUGGCUUUGUAACCAAUUGGCUAAUUACACAAACGACACGCUUCAAUGCAGCAUUGUCUGGUUCUGGUGCAGUUGAACAUGUUUCUCUUUGGGGUACAAUGGAUUUUCCUUUACUCUACAACAACCUAUUUGGUGGAUUUCCAUGGGAAGUACCACAUAUAUAUCAAAAUCAAGCACCUAUUUACUAUUUGGAUAAAGUACGUACACCUACAUUGAUCGUCACAGCUGAAGAUGAUACAAAUAUUUUGCCUGAUCAAAGUCGAAUGUUAGAACGUGGCUUGUAUUAUCGAGGUAUACCAGUGGAAUUAUUGAUUUUUCCAAAUGAAGGACAUACAUUAAAUAAGAAUCCUUGGCAUGGCAAAAUUAAAGUUCGAGAAGAACUUAACUGGCUAGAAAAAUAUGGUCAUACAACAUCAAAUACGAUCAACAACUGA